GCAUGCCCUUGAUACGGACCAUGUGUUCCCGUCCCUUCCCGUCUCUGAAACCUUCCUCCGCAAAACAACAAAAGCAACCACACCACCCUCUUCCCUUCACCUUUUUCCCCUUUCCCCUUCUCUUUCUUUCUUCCAACCCACACCCUCUCUUCUUUCUCCGCGAUUCCUAUCACAGCCACCGCAGUUUUGGGCCGCGAUCCUCUACCCCCGACAAAAGGGUCGUCCUUGAGUACAUGGCUAAGAAGAGAAAGUCCAUAGCUUCAAGCCUCGAUGAGGUGGAUCGAACCAUGUAUGCCUCCUUUUGUAGUGCCGCCAAUUCCCUCUCUCAGCUAUACACUCAGGCUAUGAACCACCAAAAGCUUUCGUUUCAAGCCGGGGAACGCCAUGGCCUCGAGAAACUCUAUCAGUGGAUCUGGAGACAGCAAGAGGGUGGAUCAAGAGUUGCACCAGUUGAUAUACUUAGCUACAUUCAGAAUGAGUUGGAUUAUUGUGGAGAGGAGCCAUCAUUGUCUCCUAGAGCACCACUUCAACAUCAACAGUCUCAACCAUUAAUGCAUGUCAAUGGCGCAGGCUUCCCAGUAACUCCAGGUUCUUCUGGCCAAACAGUCAUUGCUCAGGGACUUCGGUCUGAGAAUGGCGAUAAUCAACAGAAGAAUUCUGUGUUUUCAAAUGCUUUGUCUAGCCCUGUUCGCCAAAGUCUUCAGAACUAUCAUAUUGGUGAGGGUGGGUCCUGCCCUACCAGCCUCUCCUUGGGUAAUGGAAACAGGAACUCUGAACCUGGCUUUUUUCAGCAGCAGAGCAGGGAUUCUGCCGCAUUCAGUGCCAAUGAUUCCGCCAUGGAUAUGCAUGCAGAUUAGUCAUACUUACUAGUUUAUCUGCUGAAAAUUCUUGUGUCACAGGCCUUCUGCAAAUAACUGCAAAGGAAGUGAACGACUAUGGAAUUUCAUACCUGGUUUGGCCCAUCGCCUCCCACACGAAAUGACACGGCAGGGCGGAACCAUUUUUAUCAGCCUAUAAGUAUGCUUAUGUCGUCGUGGGGAUUGAUGAGUUCGAGUCUCCCUUGAUCUCUGUAAAGCUAUCCGUUGAAUAGGUUUAACCCCUUAUGGUGCAACUUUUUCCCCCCGUUUUAAUAUCAUUCUCUUAAAGACAGCUUUUUUAAAAUAGGUAUUGCUUCUGUAUUAAGUUCCUAUGUAAAUCUGUUUCUUUUCUAACAGAUCUAUUUUGGCAAUCUGCUGUUUCUAUUGUCUUGAA